GUCGAUGUGCCGCAGAAUUGGCUGAAACGCUCAGUAGCAUUCUCGCAGCGAGCAACAACACGUAGACGAGGCCCAUCGACUCAAAUGGGUGAUGCUGUAGAUGUCCAAGACCAAUCGGAAGGAGGGCUGCGCCAGGUUCUUAAAACUCCACAGAAAUGUCAACAGUCCACGCUUGAAGGCCAGUCGGAAUCGAUUGCUUCAUCCCGCAGACGCACUCCUCUAAGUUCCAUCCGCAAUACUCCAGAUGUUUCAAUCCCCGCAGAACAUGUUGAGUGA